AAAGGAGCAUUUCCGGCUCCGGUGUCAUGGCGGGCUCGUGCCCUGAAGUCGCCCCUGCGGUUCCCAAUGGAAAGAGGGAGCAAUUCGGGAGCCGGUUCUUGAGCGAUCCGGCGCGCGUCUUCCACCACAAUGCCUGGGACAAUGUGGAGUGGUCGGAAGAGCAGGCCGCGGCAGCGGAGAAGAAAGUCCGGGAGAACAGUGCCCAGCGAAUGCCCCAGGAGAAGCAAGUUGAUUAUGAGAUCAAUGCCCACAAAUACUGGAAUGACUUCUACAAAAUCCAUGAAAAUGGGUUUUUCAAGGAUAGACACUGGCUUUUUACCGAAUUUCCAGAGCUGGCACCUAGCCAAAACCAAAAUCAUUUGAAGGGUUUGCUCUCAGAGGACAAGAAGAGUGAAAUACCUGAGUAUAGAAGUAGUGAGGAUGGACCUGGUUUAACAACGGAAGAACAGCACAAGAGUUCUUCAAGCAGCCGUAGAGAUAAAACACAGGCGCCUUCUGUGAAGAACAUAACUCAGAAGCUCAGUCACCUGGGAAUUUGUGCUGAUGAGUUCCCUGGAUCCUCAGCGACCUACCGAAUCCUUGAGGUUGGAUGUGGUGUGGGAAACACAGUCUUUCCAAUUUUACAAACUAACAACGACCCAGGGCUCUUUGUUUACUGUUGUGAUUUUUCUUCAACAGCUGUGGAACUGGUCCAGACAAAUUCAGAGUAUGAUCCUUCUCGGUGCCUAGCGUUUGUUCAUGAUCUGUGUGAUGAAGAUCAGAGUUACCCAAUGCCCAGGGACAGCCUCGAUAUCAUCAUUCUCGUAUUUGUUCUUUCAGCAGUUGCUCCAGACAAGAUGCAGAAGGCUGUCAACAGGCUGAGCAGGCUUCUGAGGCCAGGAGGGAUGAUGCUCCUGCGAGAUUAUGGCCGCUAUGACAUGGCGCAACUUCGAUUUAAAAAAGGUCAAUGUUUGUCUGAAAAUUUCUAUGUGAGAGGUGAUGGCACCAGAGUUUACUUCUUCACACAAGAUGAACUGGACACACUUUUCACUGCUGCCGGACUGGAGAAAGUACAGAACCUGGUGGACCACCGGUUGCAAGUCAACCGGGGGAAGCAGCUGACAAUGUACCGAGUUUGGAUUCAGUGCAAAUACCGCAAGCCCCUGUUGUCCAGCACUGGCUGAGAGGUGCCUGCUCCUGACACAACCGGAGCUCACUGUGCUUCUGGCCUUGAAAGAACAUCCACAAAUUCUGCUUUGUUGAUGUUGAACAGUUCAAGGAUUCAAACAGACUCGAGCCUUGAACCUGGGAAGAAGUACUUUUUAUCAAGAUUCUAAGAAUUUAAUUGUAGUUUUUAUUUGUGAAGCCCUUUAAUACAUAUAUUUCUCAAAGGAUGUGUUUUGCCAUUCUGUAACUAAUACCUCACAUUUUAUUGAUGGGAAUCUUAAAUUUCAAAAGUAUCAAGAAUUCAUUUGCACAUGGAAGUAUUGUAUAUGAUGAAGCAUUGCUUGAUGGUACAGUGCAUUAAAUUAUUUGGGAAUUCAGAUACCUGGGCUAGGCAAUUGCAAUUGGUAAAUACAUAGAUGAAUAAGAGUUUUACUAAGUGGUGGGGAGGCAAGUUUUUGUCUUUGGGUGUUUUCCUGACUCAAAAAUAUCCCUAUAAAAAGCUUCCAAAUAAGGUGUUCUUGUUCAGUAUGUGGUGGUAGUCUCUGCUUGAUCUGAAUACCAUAGAUCUUUUAAGCACUGUUCCACCUGCAAGUAACUGUUGAAGAAUUGAAAGACUCUUCUGUACUGUUUUUAAAAGUUCACGUUUUCUCAUUCUGCUGUUAAAUAUUUGACACAAAAAAAAUUGAGAGGACAUCUUGAUUAUAACCGAAUUGCUUGACUUCUGAAUGCAAUUGUCAUCCAUGUUAGAGAUUUCUAUGCUCUGCUUUUUUCAGUUACCACUUUUACUUGUUCCUCUGUUGAUAAUGAGAUAGUAAUUUUAUCAAAUAAGAAGUUUUUAGUUAUACAUUCGUGAAUUUUGGAUUUUCACCUCAAAUGUUCACAGAAUAGCUUUUUUUUACCUAUGUGGAAUGUGCCAGGAUAUAAGCAAUUUUUCUCUUUAAUAACCUGAAAUUUCAGAUAAUGAGAAUGUUUCCCACAAGGAAAAGAAAACCUUAAGCCUCAAAAUGAUGCCCGGCUUCCCUCUUCCUCUUCCAUUGAUGUACAGUCAUCCCUCAAUAUCUGUGGGGGAUUGGUUUCAGGACCCCCUGCAGUUACCAAAAUCCUGGGAUGCUACAGUCCCUUCUAUUAAGUGGCAUAGGAUUUGCAUAUAAUCUACGCACCUCUUCCCCUUUACUUUAGAUCAUCUCUAGAUUACUUGUAAUACCUAAUACAGUGGAAAUGCUGUGUAAGUAGUCGUUAACACUUAGACUUAAUACUUCCUGCUUUCUCAGUCAUGCUUUCUCAGUCUUUGCAAGCACCUUAUCAUGAAGCAGAGAGACCGUAUUUUGCAGUUGUAGGGGCAGCAGUAACACUUCCACAAAUGUCAGUUCUUUCUACUUCAUUGUGUGAAUGCACGAUUCAUUCUUACCAACCUGAAGGCCCACUUUGGGAGGUGAUAUGCCACUCCUCAAAAGAUCUAAGAUUUUGGUAUUUGGAGGCGGGGCCAAGAUGGAUGACUAGGUAGAAGCUACCUCGGAUCCGUCUUGCAACAAAGACUCGGAAAAACAAAUGAAUCGAUCACAUACAUGACAAUCUAUGAACCCUGAACAUCAAACAGAUCUAAAGAGUUGACCUGAGUGACAGAGACCAAGAACGAACAACCACAGGGAAGCAACAACUGCUUUCAGAGACUGGAGCCAGCGUCCCAGUCAGAAAACCUUGGCGUCGGGCUUUGGACUGGGUGCAGGGGAGCUGAGCACAGCAUCCUGAGAUGGCGCAAGCACGACACAGCCCUAGCCCCCAGAAGUGACCUCGGGGGAAGCCCAGCCAGUGCACGCAGGCAGCACAGUGACGCAGCUGACGGGAGAAGUCACUGGGAGGCAGCGACUGGUUUUGGAGUCUGGAGUGCGGCGUCCCAGCCAGGGAACCUUGGCGCUGUGCUUUGGACUGGGAGCGGAAGAACUGACCACGGCUUCUGAGACAGUCAAGCACAGGACGCGGGCCUGACCCUCGGGGACAAUCUCAACCUAGCCAACGCACACAGGCUACACACCAUUCGGGAAUCUCAGAUAAUACAGUCAUCACCAAACAAGAUGAGUCUAUAUUCCGGGGUGCUACUCUCUCCUAUUUAUCUGAUCCCUCCCUUCCCCUUCCCAGGCGGCUUCAUUAACAUUGGAAUUUCCUGAGCCAGAGAGUGAAGUGCUCUGCGGUUUUUCUUUCCUUUUUGGUCUUUUCCUAACCCAUUCUCCUGGCCUGAGAGAAGCAGCUACAAAAAACCCAGGGACCAAAAAUCCUUCCUUGACUUCCCACAAUUGGACUAAAAAUACAGAACCAGCUCCAGUCAAGCAUAUGAGAUCCACACUCUUGGGCUUUCAUCCCUACAGGGAACAAGGUGGCUAUUAUAAUGCAAAGACAAUUCUGAUAGGGGUCUGACUGUAAUUGCUUUAGCAGAUUACUGGAAAGACAAGUUUCCCAGGUCUGAUAUCUCUGCCUAUUCAACAGAGCCCUCACUGACCCACAAUGGGGAACUGAGAGCUGAAGCUCCCCCCAGACCACCUAGCCUCCUGCCUUAGGGGUCUAAGGAUGGUGACACCUACCAAUCUGUAGAGGUACUUGAGCAUUGGGUGCCUAAGGUACAGCUGCAGAGAUCACCCACCAAAGUGUUUUAGGAAUAGAGACACACCUACCUCACUGGCACUUGGGGGAAGCCUGUCAGCAUCCUGCCCCCCCUGGAGUGUGACCCCCUGCAGCUACUAGACUGGUGCACACAACUAUCACCACUACUCCUCUAGGUGAAUAGGUGACAGUCUGCACCACACACUUCAUGACCUAAAAUCCCAUUCUACACAAGAAUAGUGAAUGGACUUUUAGGCUUAUAUAUCUAGUAAUAGCCCAAACCAGCUGGUAAUAGGACAUAAGUGAUUCAAGGGUUACAACAAUCAAGACAGCGCAGUCUAGUAGCCCAUCUACAUAUGUUGAAAGAAAACAAAACAAGAUAAGACUCAGUGAGCAAAUAUAAAAUAAAUCACUACAAUAUCUUAUAGAUGGCUUGGAGACAGCAGUCGAUAGCAAACCACAUAAAGAAGCAGACCAUGAUUGCU